GCCCGUCCUGUCCACAGGGAGCCCUAACCCUUCUCUCCAGACUCAGCUACAGAAACAACCUUCCACCAUGUCGGACGAGGAAGUUGAACAGGUCGAGGAGCAGUACGAGGAAGAAGAAGAGGCCCAGGAGGAAGAAGUCCAUGAACCAGAGGAAAAGCCGAGACCCAAACUUACUGCUCCUAAGAUCCCGGAAGGGGAGAAGGUAGACUUCGAUGUAAGUUUAUGGGACCCGGAUCAACAUGGCCUCCACCCUCAGACCCCCAGCCUGCAGCCUCCCAACCGGGCCUGGAAAGGCCUUCUGCUCUCAAGCAGCCAGACCCAGCACUGCCUGGUUCCGGGAGAUCCUGCCGAGAAGCGCCGCGCGGAGCGAGCCGAGCAGCAGAGAAUCCGCGCCGAGAAGGAGCGGGAGCGCCAGAACAGGCUGGCGGAGGAGAAAGCCCGGAGGGAGGAGGAAGAUGCCAAGAGGAGAGCGGAGGACGACUUGAAGAAGAAGAAAGCCCUGUCCUCCAUGGGCGCCAACUACAGCAGCUACCUGGCCAAGGCUGACCAGAAGAGAGGCAAGAAGCAGACGGCCCGGGAGAUGAAGAAGAAAGUUCUGGCAGAGAGGCGCAAACCACUCAACAUUGACCAUCUCAGCGAAGACAAGCUGAGGGACAAGGCCAAGGAGCUCUGGGACACCCUCUACCAACUGGAGACCGACAAGUUCGAGUUUGGCGAGAAGCUGAAGCGUCAGAAAUAUGACAUCACCAACCUCAGGAGCCGCAUCGAUCAGGCCCAGAAGCAUAGCAAGAAGGCUGGAGCCCAGGCCAAGGGCAAGGUCGGCGGGCGCUGGAAGUGAAGUGGCCAAGGAAGCUCCCAGAGGCAGAGACCCUCGGCCCGUGCCACCCACGUGGCCGCAUGCGGCCCCCAGACCCACCCCUGAGGACCCCCCACGUCUCUGUCCUCCCUGCCCCCACCUCCUGGGGUCUGUGAAUAAAGCUAGCAGACUCCCUUCCA